AUGGAAGACCGAGCUAAAGAAUACAUCAAGGAGGCACAGAAGAAGUUAAACAAAUUUUUCUCAACUGAAGCAAGCAAGAAUGAGCAGGCAGCUCCAUUAUUUAAUCUUGCCGGCAAUUCAUUUAAAGCAGCACGACUUUUCCAAGAAGCCGGUGAAGCUUAUGAAAAAUCAGCCGAAUGCUACGAAAGAGCUCGCGAUGUAAGCAGUUCAACUAACGAACUUCAAAAUGCUGCAAAAGCUUAUGCAAAGGCUCAGAAUUUUUCAAAAGCCAUUGACAUGUUCAUUAGGGCUGCAAACUUUUAUAGAGAAAGUAACAAAACAUCUCAGGCUGCAAAACUUCUUGUUGAAGCUUCUAAGGUCUUCUUAGAAGAUGAAAAUCAAGAUCAAGCUGUUCAAGUCCUUGAAGAAGCAGUUCAGAUAUAUGAAGAUGAGAACCAACCUUCCUCAGCUUGUCAGCAUAUUACUACUAUUGCAGAUAUCAAGAGUGGACAGAAGAAUUAUGUUGAUGCAUCCAAAUUAUACAGAAAGGUUGCCGAAAUCCGUCUUGCAGAUCGCUUAACACAACUUGCUGCCACGGAGUACAUGGAAAAGGCAACACUUUGUCAACUUGCUGCCGGCGAUCUUAUUGGUGCUGAAAAAAUGUGCGAUGAGUUUGUCAAUGCAGCUCCUCAAUUUGAUUCUACCCGCGAAUACAAGCUUCUCAAAGCACUCUUUGAAGCAUUUAGAAAUCACGAUAAUCAAGCUCGCGCCACUGCCGUUGCAGAGUAUGAUUCAAUUAAACGCCUUGAUAAGUGGCACAUAGAAGUUCAUACAGAUAUCAUGAAUAUUAUCCAAGGCAACACAGGUGAUGAAGAAGAAGAAAAUGGCUUAUUAUAA